AUGAACUUCAUCAAAGAAGAGGAAAAGGACAAGUGCGUGGAGGGACAGGGACGGAAGCUAUUCUAUCUCAAAUCGAGCAAGGAAAAAGAAUACGAGCUGCACAUGGAUGUCUGUCAAGCCAUUGUAGAAGAUUGUCCUAUGUUGGAAGUGUACGUGGUUAGUCCAAAGGAUGGAAACAAUGAAAGGGGUGUAUUUGAAUUUUAUGAGAAUGCCCAGCUUAUAAAAAAAUUUACCAACUGCAGUGUCUCUACAGUGACGUCCUUCAUUAGGAAGUAUAUUCAAAAGGGAGGCUCCUUCCCCACGGAGGCUACCCAAAGUGGUGAAGGCAACUCCACACACAAAUCGGACACGGUGAAAAAGAUAGAGCACUUGAUAGGCAGCAAUAAAAUCAUCCUCUUCAUGAAGGGAAGCAAAACAUUCCCCCAAUGCAAAUUUAGUAACGCAGUUGUGUUCAUGCUAAAUAGCUGCAAGGUGAAGUAUACCACCUUUGAUAUUCUGCAAGACCAGGACGUACGUAAUGAACUGAAAAUUUAUUCCAACUGGCCCACCUACCCCCAGCUGUACAUAAACAAGGAGUUGAUUGGCGGCCACGACAUUAUUAAGAGCAUGUACGAUAGUGGCGAGCUUCGGGACGUGGUGCCCGAGGAAUGCUUCGAGGGGUGA